CAAUAGGAAAAAUUAUCAUCCCUGACAUCACUUGUUGCUAUCCUAGGAUUUUUUUUUUCCUCUUCCUGUGUUAAUAUACCUCUUCCGGGUCAUCAUUGUGCUUCCGACUCCACACUGAGAAAAUGAGCGACGAUGAGAUGGCAUGUAUGCUGGCAGCAGCCACCGCCACCUCGUAUAUGCUAUACCAGGGACAGAGGAGAAGGAAGAGGGCACGGAGAUACUGGAUCCACCCUGUUAUUGCCGGUCGGGAAGAGACAGGCCAAUUUUGGGUCCUUUAUAAUGAUCUCCGAGAGCACGAGGAGAAAUUUCUGGACUACACCAGGAUGUCAAUUAAAAGCUUCGAUGAGUUGCUUGAACUGCUCAGCGGUAGAUUACAGAGGAUGGACACCUUUUUCCGCAAUUCCAUACCCCCUGUGGAGCGACUUAUCAUCACACUGAGGUAUUUAUCGACUGGACAGUCUCUAGGAAGUCUACAUUAUGCCUUCCGUAUAGGCAAGUCGACAGCGAGUUACAUCAUACGUGACACCUGCUCUGCUAUAUGGGAGGUUCUCCAUGAAGUAGUUUUCAAGAAACCUACUGCACAGGAAUGGGCACAGAUUGCGGAGGUAUUCUGGCAACGCUGCAACUUUCCCAAUUGUGUCGGAGCAAUAGAUGGGAAGCACAUUAGGAUUGUGAAGCCCAUGACAAGUGGAAGCGAAUUCUUCAAUUACAAGAAAUAUUUCUCUUUUGUAUUGAUGGCUGUAGCAGAUGCAAACUACUGCUUUACAUACAUAGACAUUGGGUCAUAUGGCAGCAGCGCGGACUCAACUAUCUUUGGGAACUCUUCCUUUGGUCAAAUGCUGCGAACAGAUGGUCUUGACCUACCAGAAUGCAGUCCACUACCAGGCACAAAUGGCCCUCCCCUACCCAGUGUAUUUGUGGGUGAUGAGGCCUUUUCUUUGGGGACAAAUCUCCUACGGCCUUAUUCGGGUCAUAGUUUAACACAGGAGAGGAGCGUAUUCAACUACCGCCUAACCAGAGCACGGCGAGUAGUUGAAUGCGCUUUUGGUAUACUUGCCAAUAAGUGGCGGCUCCUGCACACUCCCAUUGUGUUAAACAUGCAAAAUGCCGUCACUGCUGUCAAAGCUGCGUGUGCCUUGCACAACUUUGUGAGGCAGCGCGAUGGCUUUGAUUUUGAAGAGCCGGUUGCUGAGACUCUGGAAAGAGCUCAGUGGACUGGUGUCCGUGGGAACAGGCAGGGUUCAUAUGUCCGCGAUCAGUAUGCGGCAUAUUUCAUGUCUCCUGCAGGACAGGUACCAUGGCAGCUGGAUUCUAUUUAAUUAUUAACAUUAUUAUUUUUUUGUGAAUAUGCUGUUGUGAUAAAAUAAAAAUCUUUGAUUUAUGUAUUAAGAAGUCUCAUGUUUAUUUUAUUUUUAUAUUUUUUUAACUUUUGGUGCAUUAUCCCUAUGAUGUCAAAUUCGGGGUCAGAGUGUCAGGAUGGGAAGAACAACUCACGGGUCCUGCAUCAGUGGGAACAUUAGGGUUGGUGGUUACUAGGAAGGGGAGUAUCUCCCCAAUGGGGCACUGUACUGUAUUAUUCACUGAUAACAAUGAUGGUAUACUAAUCCUCCUAGGUGGAAUAGUAUACCAUCAUUGUUAUCAGUGAAUACUACAGUACAGUGCCCCAUUGUUGUUGUCAAUGGGGGGGAUAGUGCGUCAUGACAUUGGAAGGUGUUGUGUCCAAAGGGCCGGACAAAGGCUAGCAAACGGCCAAAUCUGGCACUCGUGCAGCAGCAUAGGUGCUUAUAAAAGGUGGUGGCAAUAGAUAUUUUAUUUAACCACUUCAAGACGGCCAUCAGCACAUAUACGGCCACAGGGUGUUUCUACUUCUGUGGUGGUCCGUAUUUGUACGGCUGACCCUUCCCUCUUUCACCACGCGCGCUCCUGAGCGCCCAGCGGGGAACUUCUGUGCUGGCCGUGUACCUUUGACACAUCAAAUGACAGAACACUGUGAAAGACACAUUUGAGUGACCGUUUGAUAGAAAAUCUGUGCGGCCAAUUAGAGACGAUCUCAUAUGUAAACAGAUGAGAUCAUUUCUCAUUGGCGGCUAACAAAAUGACAACGUCAUGUGAGGGAGAGAGGAGACCGAUCUGUGUCUCUUGCAAAUAGUGACACAGGUCUGUCACCUCCCCCAGUCAACCCCCUUCCUCCACUGUUACAACACUAUAUUGAGUACACAUUCCCUUCCUCACCCCCCUAGUAUUAAGCAAUUCCCUCCCAGUCACAUUACUGCAAAAAAUGUGAAAGGCGUUAAAAAUUGUGUCAAAAGUGUACGAUGUGUCCGCCAUAAUGUCAGUCUUGAGAAUAUACCUACAAAAUAGUCUUACCUGUAGAUAAAAGUCAAAAACCAUGGGUUUACAAACAUUGAAUUUCCAAAAAUAAAAUAUAUAUAUCAUCUACUUAUGUUCAUUUGACUGUUUGCAGGAGUUUACCUUUUUUAUCCUUAUCAGUUAUUUGGGUCCAGUUCUGGUAAAUCUGAGAGCCAAUUUGGUCCCAUGCCCUCCUCCGAACGGUUCGCAGGCUGUAAGAUGGAUGCUUAAUGUCAUGAAGGCAGGGGUGCUCCUUGACCAUCCUGAUAAAUUUUUCAGGGUCUAGGAGGGAGAGGGUUUCAUCCAUGUCUGAAUCCAUGCUGCAGUGUGAUAUACUCCUAUGGAAAAUGGUGAUUUUUGGACUUCCUGUUUGAGAUUAUGUACUUUUCUUUU